UUGCUGCGUGCUGGUGCCUGUGUAGCUUCAUCAAUGUAACAUUUUCUUGAAUCUUCAUCAUAUCAUAAUUAGUUGAAUUUGAAUUGUACAGAAAAGCUCCUAUCUAUUUUACAAAAUGGAUGUGUAACUUGUGCGUUUCGAAUUAAACGAAGGUAGUUUUCUCAAGAAAUCGUAAUGAUGUCAGCAGCUGGAAGUUCCGGGGCCCCGGCAGCUCAAGAGUUCAAAAUAAGAGUGCCUAAGAAUGUAAAUAAGAAGUAUCAUGUGAUGCGAUUCAACGCGACGUUGAACGUGGAUUUUGCAAAAUGGACUCACGUAAAGAUGGAAAGAGAAAACAACAUCAAGGAAUUCAAAGGAAUCGAAGAGGAAAUGCCCAAGUUUGGAGCUGGCUCAGAGUACGGCCGAGACAUUCGCGAGGAGGCUCGUCGCAAGAAGUUUGGUAUCAUCUCGCGCAAAUACAAGCCGGAGGAUCAACCGUGGAUACUGAAAGUGGGAGGCAAGACUGGCAAGAAAUUCAAAGGCAUCCGUGAGGGUGGUGUGUCGGAGAAUGCAGCGUAUUACGUGUUCACCCACGCCGCUGAUGGUGCUAUCGAUGCAUAUCCGCUGCAGGAAUGGUACAACUUCCAGCCUAUCCAACGGUACAAGGCUUUGUCUGCUGAAGAGGCAGAGCAAGAAUUCGGAAGACGCAACAAGGUGCUGAACUACUUCUCGCUGAUGUUCCGCAAACGCAUGCGCGGCGAAGAGGGCGCCGACGACCCCGACGAGCCCGACGAGAAGAAGCCCAAAGGCGCCAAGGCCAAGAAAGACUUGAAAAUAUCGGAAAUGGACGAGUGGAUCGAUUCGGACGACGAGUCCUCGGAUUCGGAGGCCGGUGAGAAGGACAACGAUAGCGACUCGGGCGCUAAGAAGAAAAAGGACAAGAAGAAAGCAGCGGCCUUGAAGAAGAAAAAGAAGAAAGUCAACGACGAAGCCUUCGAGGAGAGCGACGACGGCGACGAGGAGGGCCGGGAGAAGGAUUAUAUCUCGGACUCGUCCGACAGUGAAUCUGACCACGAGACUAAAGCGAACAAAGAGUUGAAGGGAGUGGCAGAGGAAGAUGCUCUGAGGAAGCUGCUGACCUCCGACGAGGAUUCGGAAGAGGAGCAGGAACAGAAGGCCAAGGAGGAGGACGUGCAGGAAGACGAGCCCACCAAGGAGGGCGAGGAGCGCGCCAGCAAGCUCACCAAGAAGAAGAAAAAGGCUGACGACGUUAAGAAAGAGAAAGAAUCAAGUAGCGACUUCAGUUCGGACUCGGACACAGACCCCGAGAGCAGCAAUAAGAAGCCCAAAAAAGGGAAAAGCAGCUCCAACGACAAGAAUGGUACGUCGGCGACAGCGAGCGCUCCCAAUAGCGCGAGCACGUCGCGCUCGGGCACGCCGACGCCCGCGCCAAGCGCCGCCAGCGCCGCCGUGGCCGCCGCCAACGCCGCCAACAACGCGCCGCCCUCCAAGCGGCCCAAGCUCGACCCCUCCUACAUGGAAUGCGGCGUGACUGAAGAGGCGGUGCGCCGUUACCUGGCCCGCAAACCAAUGACGACCACAGAACUGCUGACCAAGUUCAAAUCCAAGAGGACAGGGGUCAAGAGCGAGCGGCUGGUGGAAACCAUGACUCAAAUCUUGAAGAGGAUCAAUCCUGUUAAGCAGAACAUCAAUGGGAAGAUGUAUCUCAGUAUAAAAUAGUGAUCAUCACAAUGUAUUAAGUUAGUGUAUUACUAAAUAAAUGAAAUGUUUUUUUUUUAA